AUGGGAAAUUGUUACGAAACUAAGAGGAGUUAAUAUAAUUAUGAUGAUAAUACAAUAGAUGCACCUACUCCUGAAUAAAAAUCUAGGCCCAGAGAGCGUACAUAAAAUGAAACUUCCAUGAAAUUUAUUUCUUAACAAGCUGAUGAUGAUAAUUACUUUGGUACGCAAGAUGAUUUAUAAAAAUUCAUGGAAGUUCCGAAGAAAAUGAUUAGAAAACAAGCUCCUAAAUUUGAAGCAAAUGCAUACCAUGAUGGAUAUAAUGAUAAAGUUAAAAAGAUUAGUUUAGAUGAUUAUUAAGGCAAAUAUUUAGUGUUAUUUUUCUAUCCAUAUGACUUCAAUAAAUAAUUUCAAGAAGAAAUUCUUGACUUUUCAGAGAACUAUCCAAAAUUUAAGAAAUUGAAUUGUGAGUUAUUAGGAUGCUCAAUAGAUUCUCACUUUUCGCAUAUGAAUUAUUGUAAUAAGCCAAGAAAUGAGGGCGGCCUAGGAAACAUUAAUUUUCCAUUGAUGGCUGAUGUAGAUAAAAAAAUAGCAGCUGACUAUGGUGUAUUAAAUAAAAAUGGAAACGAUUAAGGAACUUGUUUAAGAAGCACAUUUAUCAUAGAUGACUAAUAAAUAGUUCGUCAUUUGGCUAUGAAUGACUUUGCAGGGCAUCUCAGAGCUGAGGAAAUAUUAAGAAUGGUGAAGGGAAUUUAAGAAAAUGAUAGAAUUAGACCAAAAUCACAAACUGCAGCUGAUAAGUCUUCUGCUAAGGAGGCUAAAUAGGAAAGUAAUAGUAAAUCCUUUAGCAAUUUACCUUCAAAUAAAAAAACGAUAUUCGAAAAAAUUGGAGGAGAGGAAGCCAUUGAAGCAGCAGUUAAGAUAUUUUAUAAAAAGAUGUUAGCAGAUCCUAAGGUUUCCUAAUUUUUUAAAGAUAUUGAUAUGACCAAGUAGCACUCUUAGUAAGUUAGCUUCCUUUCUUUUGCUUUAGGUGGUCCAAAAAAAUAUGUAGGCAAAAGCAUGAGAGAUGCACAUUAGUAUCUUAGGUUAACUAAUGCAGAAUUUGAUAUUACUGUAGGACACUUAGUUUCUACACUUAAAGAUUUAAAUAUAGACGAAGCAGUUAUAACUGAGAUUGGAAAAAUGAUUGAACCUUUAAGGAAAGAUGUCGUUUUUACGUAAUCAACAUCUAUAUAUGACUAAAUUGGAGGUGAAAAAGCAAUGGAAUAAGCUGUAGAAAUAUUCUAUAAAAGAAUGUUAGAAGAUCCAAAAGUGUCUGGCUUUUUUAAACCAAUUGACAUGACUAAGCAAAAAUAAAUGUAAAAGGCAUUUCUAGCUAUGGCUUUAGGUGGACCUAAAGAGUACAAAGGAAGGAAUAUGAAAGAUGCACAUAGUCAUUUAAAUUUGACUGAUGAACAUUUUGAUGUUACUGUAGGCCAUUUGAUUGGGACUUUGAAAUAACUUAAUGUAGAUGAUAAAAUUAUAAAAUAAAUUGGAGUUUAGAUUGAGCCUUUAAGAAAAGAUAUUGUCAGUUCUAAAGCAAGCCAACCAUCUUAGCCUUAGCUGUAAUAAAAUAUCUCUGUCUAAUCACAAAAAGAGUAAGCACCAGCUAAUCAGUAAUCAAAAAUUUUAACAGCUCCUGCUCCUUAACAAUAGCAAAAAAAUAAACUGCUAAUAGAUAGAAUUGGAGGAGAAGCAAAAAUAGAGGUUUUAGUAGGUUUACUAGUAGAUAGAAUUUAUUCAGAUUAAAGAAUUAACUCCUUUUUUGCUACUGUAGAGUCAUAGAAGCACAAAGAAACUUUGAAAUCUUUCCUUAUUUAACUUACAGGAGGUCCAAAAAUCUACAAGGGAAAAAAUCUUCGUGAGGCUCACAGUGGAUUAAAAAUUAAUGAUGUCUAAUUUAAUGCAUUCAUGACACAUUUAAGAGAAAGUCUCAAAUAAAUGAAAGUAGAACCAUCUGUUUUUCAUGAUUUUUGUGGAUUUUUUGAAAGUCUUAGGCCUUAAAUUGUUACUGUGAAACUUUAAAUUUUUGAGCGUUUAGGAGGUGAAGCUGCACUCAAUAAUCUUAGUGAUAAACUUUAUCAAAAAGUAACUGCUGACGAUAGGAUAAAAGACUUUUUUACCAAUAUAGAUAUGGUGAAAAUGAGAGAACAGCAAAAAAAUUUUCUUAUGUUAGCUACAGGAGGUCCUAACAUGUAUAAAGGUAAAAACAUGAAAGAAGCUCAUGCAAAAUUAAAAAUAAACGAUUUACAUUUUAAUGCCUUUAAAGAGAAUCUCUUACUUACCUUAAAAGAAGAAUUAGUUGAUCCAUAAACAUUCCUGGAAAUCUCGAAUUUAAUUGAAACAUAGCGUAUGACCAUCGUCACAUAAAGUUUACCUCUAUUUGAAAGAAUAGGAGGUGAAAAAGGUGUACAAUAGAUAGUUAAUAGGUUUUAUGAUAGAAUUCUUAUGGAUCCUAGAAUUAAGAAAUUCUUUUAAGGAGUAGAUAUGACUCGUUUAAGGGAUAUUAAUCGUUAAUUCCUUCUUUACUGUGUUAAAGGAGCUCCAAGUUAUAAUGGAAAAAGCAUGAAAGAAGCUCAUAUGCAUCUAGGUCUUAAUGAUACACAUUUCAACUUAGUUAAAGAUCAUUUACUCUAAGCCAUGAAAGAUUGUUCUAAGGAUCCACUUAGUUUAAUUGAAGUAGGUGGCACUAUAGAAGGUUUACGUAGCGAUAUUGUAUCUGUAAAAGUACCUCUUUUUGAUAGAAUAGGUGGUGAGCAAAUCACAAAAAAAGCUGUGGAAAGGUUAUAUGUAAAGCUGCUAGCUGAUGUAAAAUUAAAAGAUUUCUUUAAAACUGCUGAUAUGCAAAAUUUAAAAAAUAAUUAAUGUACUUUCUUCACUGUUAUAUUGGGAGGCCCGAAUAACUAUAAAGGAAAAUCUAUGAAAGAUGCUCACUAAAAUCUUAAGUUAAAUGACUCACACUUUAACAUAUUUAAAGAGUUGGUACAAUAAUCAUUUAGAGAAGUUGGGGUUGAUAAUAUCACAAUUGCUGAAAUAGCAAGAGUAGUCGAAUAAAUUAGAAAAGAAAUAGUUUCAGUAAGACCUCCUCUUUAUGAAAGAAUCGGAGGAGAAAAAUCACUUGAAAUUAUCAUUGAGAAGUUUUAUGAUAAGUUAAUCAAAAACCAAGCUAUUGGUUAAUUUUUUGUCAAAACUGAUCCAAUAAAGCAAAAGAAUAUGCUUAAAGCUUUCUUCACAACUAUUUUUGGAGGCCAAUAAAUGUAUAAAGGCAAAAAAUUAAAAGAUGCUCAUGCUAAUAUGAAAAUUACUGAUGCAUAAUUUAAUGAAUUUAGAAGUUGCAUGGAACAAACUUUAAAAGAAGUUAACUAGUUUAACGUUCAACUAAUAAAAGAAGUUGCUGCUGUAAUCGAUCAUUUUAGAAAAGAAAUAGUUAUUCCAUGA